AUGGAAAGAGAUAAUUUUUUAGGAUUAGAGUGUAAUCACUUUAAGAAAUAUAAAAUUCUUUGUACUGAGUGCAAACAAAUAAUGUGCUCAUGUUGUUACACUCUUCAUAAUAAUAGAAUUAAACAUGAAACAAAUAACUAUAGCAAUCAUAUUAAUACAAUUAUUGAAUCACUUCAAAAACAUUUCAGUACCGAUUUAAAUAAUAAUAAUUUUAAGAAUGAUAAUAAUGAAAAAAGUCGAGGUAGUAGUAAAGUAGAUAGUUCAACCAACCGUGACUAUAUAACAGAGAGAAGAAAUUUACUCUGGAAUACUUUGAAAUCUUCUACAAGUAGAUAUCAGUCAUUGACGUCAACCGAGAAAAGGAUCUCACAAUAUUUCAGGGAUGUUGUAAAUGCUAUUGUUGCAGAGGAAAAAAAAAUAAGUGGUCCUAUCGGUAAAGAAAAAGAUGACAUCAUCAAGGAAAUCAACCAUUCUAUCAAUGAAUUGAAAUACCUAGUAAACAUUGCCAAUCUCUGUCUUAUUGAACCAAUUGACCAAGAGAAUGAAUCGCAAUCCUCCACAUUCAACAGUGAAAUACAACCAUUUCAUGUCAAUGAACAGCCGGACUCCAAUGGUCGAUAUUUGGCAGAGGGUGAUAUCAGAGCGAUGAUAAUGGAUAAUAUCAACAAAUAUUGUAGUUAUUUCGACUUUCCCAAAGAAUCAGAGUUGUCUCCGGUGAAUUACAAUGUAGAGACCAAUCUGGAUAUCGAUCGCUUCGUAGAACUGAUGCAAUCGUCAAUCAAACUAUCACAACCAAAGGAGAAUAACUCAUAUAUUUUCUCGACACUAGAUACAACUGGUGCAACACUGAUCCACAUGAAAUCCAACACCGUCGAAGAGAUUCCAACUCAUUCAAACUUGAGCGGAGCGCUGGUGCCAGUUGGUGAUACUAUCUAUAUUUUCGGAGGAACCGACCACUUGAGUAUGAAUAAGUUCUUUAGAUUCUCAGUGGACUUUAAUAAAACAUUGGUGGCCGGAGAGAUGAAGAAUAUCGAUCUUGAAAGAGGCAUUUCAGCGUGCUACGAUGGCAAAGAACAUAUCUAUAUCCUAAGUAACUUUAACGACACCGGUAUACAUCGAUUCAAUACCCAAACAAUGAUCUUUGAAAGAUGUGAUUCACAUGAUAAAUACAAUGGUUUUAUCAUUCUGUCAUUCUUUUACAAAGAAAAACUAUAUUUCAUUACCAAAGAGGAUUGCGCAAUUAGAACACUAGAUCCAAAGAAUGGAAAGAUUGAACUUUUUAAUAGCUUCCCUAGUUUCCUUAGACUCAACCCAGUGGCAGCAUGUACCGAUGGUCAUGGAAACAUCUAUAUCUAUGAAAUAGACAUGUUCUUUUGCUUCAAUGUCGAUUCGAAAUCGAGUGCCGAUCUUAAAUUUCAAAAAAUUCCUCUUCCAUUGUCGUUGGCUUACCACCAAGACGGGUAUAUUUACGUUGUCGGUAAUGGCUGUAUCAGAUAUUCAAUUGAAUACAACGAAUGGGUACAGAUACUAUCGGAGACUGACUAUAAUAGAAAUGUUUGGUCAUCUACUAUCAUUGUACUAUAA